GCGCGCUCCGCCCUCAGCGCCCGCUACUAUCUGCGCCCGGUCUCCCACGCCGGGCGGGAGCCCGAGCCUCUGGGCCCAUGGCCAAGCGGCGUGCGGCCGAGCCGGUGACGUUCCACGUGCCUUGGAAGCGGCUCCUGCUCAGCGACUUCACCGAGGAGCCGCCGCCGUCGCCGCUCUGGAUCCGGGCGCCCGGGGCAGCGCAUCCUGGGCAGCCUCUCGGCGUCCGGGAGCUUCGCCGAAAGCGCAGAAUCGACGCGGGGGCCAUGGCAGAGUCUUCGGCUUCGCCCAGCAAGCGCCGCGAUAGUGGGGACAGCAACGCUCCGGGCGGCGAAGAGUGUGAGGGCCGCGGCCUGGAGACGGGCGAGCCGCCGUUGCUGCAGCCUCCAGUACGGCCCUGCGGGCCGGGGGAGGAGCCCCGGGGAGCCCGGCCCCUGAGGGGCGGAGGCGACGACGGGGCGGGGCACGCAGGGCCCCUGCAGGGAGAAUGGGGGGCUGCACCGCGCCAGCACAAUGAAGAAUUUUGGCAGUAUAAUACCUUUCAGUACUGGAGGAAUCCUUUACCACCUAUUGACCUGGCAGACAUUGAAGAUGUAACUGAAGACAACCUGACAGAAGCAGCACUUCAGGGCAAGAAUGAAGUGGCCGAGAUUGACAUGGAGUCCUGACAUAAGGACCUGAAUAAGUGGGAUUCAUUAAAUUUGAAAAGACAUGUCUAAGUGAAUUCAUGUAUUCUUAAGGAAAAAGUUUUUCCAUACUUGCCGUGGUAUCAUUUCCAAACCUGAAAAAUAAGGAAAGGUUGUUUUGACAAUAAAUACCUGCAGUUACUACUGAACCUGGGGUUUGUCACAGAUAUAGUGCAGUUUGGGAAGUAUUUUAUGUAUGCAUCCUUAAGGAAAAAGGCUUUGUUUAGAUUCUGAAUCCGAAGAUAGUGAUCUUAUAAAAAGAAACUCUGGCAGUUUUUGAAACACUCGAAUAUCCCUCCCACCUGCACCAAAAAGUUUAUCUGUGGUUUGUGAAAUAAUAAAUAUUUUAUAAUAACUAUUACUAGUAAAAUACUUUCUAAUACAUUUUAUUGACUCUUAGUUGAACAAAGCUGACUUGAACAUCUAUGCAAAUUUAAAGUGAGGAAUUCUUUCUGAAAGCUAGCAUUGUUUUUAAUUCAAAGCUUGCAAAAUGUGAAGUAGAGAGAAUUUCAAUUUGGGUAGCAUGUAUGCAUAACUUCUAAUAUCUGACGUUUGUUAAGCUCUACUAUGGGCAAUCAAAAAUGGAUAAAGAACAGUGAAGAAUGAGUCAGUGCCUGACCCCUUCCCCUUUUUCCAGGAGAAAAAGGAAAGAAAUUUAUCAUAUGAUGAGUUUCUUGGUUUUGAAUUGCUUUGAAUGCAUGGUUUUUAUUGCUGUUCCUUUAGACUUGUAGUUCUCCACACUGACAGCACUUUAAAAAUCUUUGCCUGGGCCUCUCUCUUGAGAGAUUCUCACUUAAUUGUUUCUGAGGUGGGCCUUGCAUAUAGCUAUUUUUUUAAGCACCAGUCUUCUUUCUCUUCAUUCCUCUAAAGUGCAGACAGGUUUGAGAACCACUAGACUAAUGGUAGUAGUUUCCUGUUUAAAGGAGAUAAAUAAUUUGAGCUGAAGCAAUAUCUCUUAGCUUUGGUUUUUUGCUCUGUUGAUGGCUUUGUAACAACUAAAUUAUUGUUUUGUUAUUACUGUUUCAUUGUUAAAGAAAUAAAGUAAACAAUUUGUGUUUGAGUUAUGUGAGUAUCGGUGAUUAAGUUAAUUAACUUUUGUACCGCAUCCAGAAUUUUGGCUUUGUAAUUGAGUAACUCCUCCCUGCUUGUGUGUUUUUUGUUGUUGAUGACAUUAGAGUCAAAAAUUCAGGAAAGAUGGUAAAUGCCAAUGAGAGAGAGAAACCUUGAUGUUUUAUGUGUACUGCAGGAUUUAAGAAUGGGUUGACAGUAAGACAAACUGUAUAUAGUAUUGUGGUCAGACACAGUUCAAAGUCUUGUACUGC